AUGCAUGAGCUUCUGCUCUUCGCCUCGGUUCCCGCGCACCAGCAUCAUGAGCUUCUUCAACAGCUGGCCGGGUUGACGGCCAUGCAACCCCGUCACCGCCUGGAAAGACGCUUGGUUUUCAAGGCCUACCGCAAGCCAGGCUUGACCAACACCCGGGUUGGGGCCAGUCAAGAUCUGCAGGGUGUCGAAUUGCAGCGCCUUAAUAAGAUGCUCAAUGGAGGCAUGUUCUACACCCAAGUAGUCGGUCCCGUGGCCAAAGCCGACUUUGGCGGGAACCCUUCCUCGUCGGGAGAUCCAGAUGUCUCCAUGUCCGGAUUGGAGGAGAAGCCAUCGUCAUCUUCGUCUUCUUACAGUUAUGAGGAUCAGCCCUGGAAACUCGAAUUUAGAGAUAUCCCCGAGGCAGGCACUCGAUCCGCGGUAACUGCUCGGCUGAUGGCUAGUGCCACGCUGCCUAAAGGUGAUAUCACGGCGCCCAUGAAUGCCUGGGGUUAUAGCUUUGUCACUGAGUACGUGGUGGAAGGAGAUGUCUUUGUUCUCAAUGACAUCGUUAUCUUCCUACACCGUGUCCUGCUUUACCCGACUGGGGCGCAGGAAUCACAUGGACCUCGUCGGCAGCUGCCUGCGUAUCAGGAGCUCUCACCGCUGGAACGGACAGGGAGCUAUGUCCUGCAAGCUGCUAUCACCGUCCAGGAUGGCGGGAAUCAGGAGAUGAUGAGGACGGCUUCGCAGCAUUUGUUCGGGCUUCGCGAGCAGCUCAAGUCGGCUGUCCGUCUAGAAAUGGCGGACCGGCUGUCUCUGGAUACGCGAGCGAAGUAA